GUCCCAACAAGAUGGCAGUUACCCUCCAGGCCCUGCGCGAAGAGGUGGAGAAGCGAGCCGACACGCUCAGCCCCCGAAGUCCGGGGCACGGUGUGCGAAGCGAGCACGACGUAAUUCCGGGGACGCCUCGAAAGGCCGCACCACAGCCAGCGUCUCCACCGAAGGCUGGUGCCUUCAGGCGCCGUGCCAUCAAGCCCUCCGAGUUCCGUCGCUUCUACGACCGUGGAGACCUGCCCAUUCAGGUUCAGCACACUGGCACGCAAAACAAGAUUGCGUGGAAAGUGGACAUUGAGAAACUGGACUACCACCACUACCUGCCGAUUUUCUUCGAUGGGCUGCGAGAAAAGGAAGAUCCUUACAGAUUCCUCGCGGUCGAGGGGGUCUUCAACCUGCUCGAGCGUGGGGGCAGUAAGAUCUUGCCUGUCGUCCCGCAGCUGAUCAUGCCGAUCAAGAUGGCCUUGAACACCCGGGAUGCGGAGGUCAUCAACACCACCCUGAAGGUGCUGCAGGCGUUGGUUCUGUCAGGCGAGAUGAUUGGUGAAGCCUUGGUUCCGUACUAUCGCCAGAUCCUCCCCAUCUUCAGCAUUUUCAAGCAGUGCUGUCCAAGCACUUUCGAUCAGAUCGACUAUGCGCAGCGCAAGCGCAACAACCUCGGAGAGCUGAUCGACGAGACUUUAGAGAUCUUCGAAAUCCACGGCGGCGAG